AUGCCUCCGAAAAGAAGAACGAGCGGAGCAAACGGGCGUGCCGCGCAGACCAGACAGGAGCAGCCUCCGAAGCGACCCGCCUUGUCUCUUCUGGAUACCGAUGAUACCGACGACAAGAAGCUUGCUGCGCCAAAACGACCUGUGAAGCGAGCGCGGAAGACGCAGGCCGAGCCGGCGCGAACUAGUAUUGGUCAUGGACAAGAGCCUGAUGACGACGAGGAGGAAGAUGAGGAUGACGGCGGGAAUGUCCGACAGGUUCAGGUUGCCAAUAUUAAUCGCAAACGGAGCAAGCCUCGCAAUGCACAGCCGGCGACCGUCGAAGAGUACUUAAUGGAGCAGAACCAGCAAGCUAAGGAGUUCUUGAAGAGCUUCAAGGCGGAGUUAUUGGAGAGUCAAAGCCAAGCGGAGGAGAGUUUAGCGGAGUUUAAGCGGGAGUUACACAACAUCCAGACGAACGACGAGGAAGAUUUCCGCAGAGUCUACGCGACCCUGAAGGCAGCCACACAGGACAAGACGAAGAACCUCAAAGGCAUUAAGGAACCGAAUCCCUUGUUCACCCAAGGGGAACAACUUACCAAGAUAUGUCGUGACAUCCUUCAACGCCACCAACUAGCCGACAGAGACUCGCAGCAGCACAAGCCAACUGUACCACGAGAGAUCUGGGCGCAGGACUACCAGAAGAUGCGGCAGUUGCUGGACUACGGAAGGAAGUACGGAGAAAAGAUGGUGGAGGGCAUCAUCAGUCCUGAUGUCAAGAGCGAUGAUAGUCCAUCCAAGGAUGGGGAGAAAGAAGGCGGACUGAGUGAGCCGGAGACACUUGCUGUUGGACUGUUUGACAAUUCGAAGAAGAAGAGUGCAGAGACGGAGACUUGGGGGAGGGUGGCACACGCUCAGGUAAAGGCUUUGGCGGCUGUUGUGCGGACUGUGCCGUAG